AAUGUUUCAUUGACAGGUUGUGGAGGGUGCUUCCAACAUAACUUCAGGAACAGUGUACAGAACAAUUGGUGGAACUUGUAUGCUACAGAAAGUAGCACAGGGGCUGGCCAGCUGAGCAGACAGCACACUGGAGAUGUGAUCCUGUGGUCCCAGGUUGAAUCCUGGCAAGAAAUGAAUAAGAAUUGGGAAGUCCAGCUGUUCAUCCUAGAGUUUGAAGGUGUUGAUUGCUUGACAUUCAGAAUGGGGUUAGUGUUGGUGAAUAUUUUAAAUAGAAAAAUAAGUGGUAAUGGAGAUUAUGAUAUCAAGGAAUUGACUGGCUUAAGAAGUGUAGCUGUUCUACUCUGCACAUCCAAUAAACUGGUGGUUGUUGUCCUUGGUACUCUGGAUGUUUUCCUGGCCUUUGAAGUUGUUUGGAGUCUUCAGUUGAAACCUCAACCUGAAACAAAAUUGUCAACAUUAGUUAUAUUGUAUACUAUUUAAUAAAUCUUUUAAUGAAAA